CCUUCGGCGGCAGCACCGAGGUGCGGGGCGGCCGGCGCCGCCGCUCUCCCGGUGCGGGCGGCGGUGGCCCCGGCCCUCCCCCGUCUGCGGCACCCUGGGACGGGGCUGACGUCAGGAGGAGACGGGGAAAUCUCCCAAGAAAACCCUGGAGCGGCGGCCGGGACGCGCACAGCGCCCGCCGGGCCCGGCACCCCGCGGCCGCCGAGCGCACCACCCGGCAGCCCGGCGCCCCUGCCAUGGAUUCCUUUAAGGGUGGAAUGAAUUUGGAGAGACUGCCUGAGAGCUUGAGACCCCAACCCUCCCAUGACAUGGCUUCCAGCUUCCAUUUGCAAAGAUCCUCGGAACCCAGAGACCCGAUCGACAACUCAGCCAGUGAAUCCUCCGACACGGAGGUGCCAGAAAAAGAGCGCAGCGGCGAGCAGAAAAACGAGGACGGGGCCGCCGACGACCCGGCAAAGAAGAAGAAGCAGCGGCGGCAGCGGACGCACUUCACCAGCCAGCAGCUGCAGGAGCUGGAGGCCACCUUCCAGCGGAACCGCUACCCCGACAUGAGCAUGCGGGAGGAGAUCGCCGUCUGGACCAACCUCACCGAGCCCCGAGUCCGGGUUUGGUUCAAGAACCGCCGAGCCAAGUGGAGAAAGCGGGAGCGGAACCAGCAGAUGGACCUGUGCAAGAACGGCUACGUGCCCCAGUUCAGCGGGCUGAUGCAGCCCUACGACGACAUGUACGCCGGCUACCCUUACAACAACUGGGCCACCAAAAGCCUCACCCCGGCGCCGCUCUCCACCAAGAGCUUCACCUUCUUCAACUCCAUGAGCCCCCUCUCGUCGCAGUCCAUGUUCUCGGCGCCCAGCAGCAUCCCCUCCAUGAACAUGCCCUCCAGUAUGGGCCACUCGGCCGUGCCGGGCAUGGCCAACUCCGGCCUCAACAACAUCAACAACAUCAGCGGCUCCUCGCUCAACUCGGCCAUGUCCUCGCCCGCCUGUCCCUACGGGCCACCGGGCUCGCCCUACAGCGUCUACCGGGACACUUGCAACUCCAGCUUAGCCAGCCUCAGACUGAAAUCAAAGCAGCACUCCAGUUUCGGCUACAGCAGUUUGCAAAGCCCCGGCUCUAGUUUAAACGCCUGUCAGUACAACAGUUGACGGACUUGACACAAACCACCUCCGACAAAGCACCGCCGACAAAGCAAAGCAGAAGCAAAGCGACGUUUAACGGAAAAGAAAAAAAAAAUAUUAAACCCGAUGAUGAUUAAAAGCAAAACUUAAGCAAGUGAGAGAGGGGAAAAAAAUAAAAUAAAGCACUCCUUCCCUCCUCCCCCCCCCCUCCAAAAAAAAGCCCCCAAAACUCCGCAGACUUCGACUGUUUAGGAAAAAAAAAAAAAGGCAAAACAACGAUGCAACCAACAAAACAGCGCUUUAAAAAUAUUUUUUAAAACUAAAAAAAAUUUAAUAAUAAUAAAAAAAUAACCCCAUCUAAAACCGUAAACGGACCAGAAAACUUUUGCAAGAGACACCGAAAUCUGGUACAUGGAUGAGUUGCAAUUUUUUUCUCUGGAUUAUGCGGGUUGUAUGUGUUUACUUGAACUUGCACAGGAGUCGGUAAGGCGGCCGCUGCCCCGCGGGGAGGGCGGCAGGACGGGACGCCUCGGUGGUAAGAGCUGGUGGGACGGUUCUUGGCCGCUUGUCGCACGGGGAGAGUUUGGUUAAUGUUUACCACUGAGAAACAGAAUCACACUCGGAAAAAAAGAAAAAAAAAAGGAAAAAAAAAAAAAAAAGAAAAAAAAA